AUGUCCACCGACAGCGGGAUUCCUUUGCAAAGUAACAGCAGAGAAGGAAGAGAAGAUACUGAUGUGAAGGCACCUAUUCUUGCGAAACCGCAAAUAUCUUCCGAAUCGGAUAUUAUCUAUAAUGGCGUCAAAAGUAACAUACACACUACUCCAUACGUUUCUGAAACAAAUCCUUUACCCAGUAAUUUCGAUCCAUAUGUCCAUUUAAAACCAAAACAUGACAUUCCCGAAAACAAUGGAAACGGUGACAUACGAGAUAUUCUAAAGCAAUUGGUUGGAGAAAAUAAAGAAAAGAAUCCGGGUUCCGGAAAUGUUAUCAACAUUGGAAAUAUUAAUAUCUAUAAUUCUCCUGAUCAGCAGUACUACGGAACCGCGUUCCGACGACCUCCUGAUCCGUGUGUUCCACAUCAUUACGACUACCCUGAACAUCCAAAAGGAGGAUAUACGUCUCCAACAGUAUCUGAGGAGGAUGUCUACAUUGGCCGGUCUGAUCGGAAAACAGCCGUAGAACAUAACCAGUCAUCCGUUCCCGACGACGAGCAUAUCAAACCAUACAGAGUGACAAGAAACUUCUUAUCUAACUCUAGACCUUUUUCAGGAAUACGGGAUACAUCAACGCCCACUCAGUUGGAACAAAGAGCUGCAAGGCACGCUAAGCUACAAGGACCGGAAGAAACACCUACCCGGAUUAUAAUUCAGCCUCGACACUCUUCUGAGGACCGUCCAAGAGUAUAUGAUGUUCAGCUAAUUAUGAAGGAUUCCAAACAGCGAUGGGAAGGAGAAUUAAAGUCCUCGUCAACUCAAGAUUUGAACCAAGAACCGCUGUCGCCUGCUGACACAUCAAAUUCGGAGGACAGUACUUAUAACAGCCACAGCGAACCACGUGAUGGAAUCCGUCCGACAAUUUCUGAAGAUAUUUGGAUUAGUCCACAAUCAGGACGACAACAGGAUACCGAAAUUAACAGAACAGCCCAAACUAUGAGUAAUGAUUAUAAUGAAGAUAUUGAAGAAAAAUGGAAUUCUGCUGAUGACAACACUAUAGUGAAAGUUCCUUCUUCAGCAACAGAGGAUUAUCAAGGAUAUACCAAAGAAAGGGUAAAUUCCGUGGUUAACCCAGUAUACAUGAGGACACCAUCAUUCGGAUUCGCGAAAUACAACAAUCCUCCUGGUUAUACGAACUACCCACCAGAGUACAGUAAUGAAAUGCAAGCGUCUCAUGGAAACCAGAACCUGAACAGAGGAUGGUCAAUGUCUCAAUCAACACCAGAUAUAAGACAGAAUGCUUUAGUCCGAACAUCCAGUUGGUUUCCGAGUAAGCCCAAGGUCAGUAGUCACCAGUGCUCAAUAGCGGGUUUUGUUACUAUGCAUGACGAGAAGACGAUAGAAGACGCCAAGGAGAUGCUGGAGAGUAAUGGAAAGGACGGAAACUGGCUGGUGACGUCAGCAGUGAGACAGCCAAUGCAGUCACAUUGUCUCCACGUACGGCUACAUAGCAAGAUCAGUUCAUUUCCAAUCAACAAAGCUAAAAACAACAAACUCAAUAUUGACACAACAAGAAGUAAGUCGUUCGCUUGUAUUUGUAAGCUGAUCUACUACUACACAAACAAGAAAAACUUACCCAACCAGGACGUGAAGUUGGCAGAUGCAUUCAGGAUGCCUCCACCAUGUGGGACAACGGACACUUUUUCCCAAGUGUCGCAUCUCUAA